AUGGCGGCCACCUCGGAAUCCAACCUCAAGCUGGCGCUGGCCAUUGGCCACGAGUUUGUCAAGACGUACUAUCAGGCUCUGCAUGAGCACGCGGAGGACGCUGAUAAGCUCGUCAAGCUUUACAUGCAUGAUGCCGUCAUGGUGCAUGGUGAGGAGGCCGAUACGAUCAAGCCUGUCCACUCGGCUGAUCAAAUCAAGCAGGUCAUCAAAGAUCUGGGCUUCUGGAAGCCUCGUACAGAGGUCUCCCACCUUGACGCUCAGAUGACCAUUGACCGUGGUGUUGUCCUUCACGUCCUGGGCUGGCUCAGCGCCAACUCAACCCAGCUCCCGGCCACAAAGCGCAAGUUUACUCAGGUUUUCGUUCUCAAGCACGUCGGUCAGCAGGGAUACGCCAUCCAGAACGAUAUGUUCCGUUAUCUCAAGGAGGAGGAUGAACCUGCGCCCACCGUGCCGGCUGCCCACCCAGCUGCCAAGGAGCAGGUCAUGAACGGUCAUGUGGCCGCACCUGCCGCACCCACUGUUGAGGCUGCGCCCGCUGCUGAGCAGGCCGCCCCUGCCGCCAAGCCCGCCAAGGCUCAGGAGGCCAAGCCCGCCAAGGAGACCAAGCCCGCCAAGGCCCAGGAGGCCAAGCCUCCAAAGGAGACCAAGCCCGCCAAGGCUCAAGCCGACUCGACGCCCAAGUCCGCCAAGCCUCAGGCUGAGACUGCCAAGUCCGCCAAGCCUCAGGCAGCCAAGGCUCCAGCCUCUGAGCCCGCCAAGACUCAGGCUGCCCCGGAACCCAAGGCUCCUGCCGCAACGCUCUCUUGGGCUGGCCGUGCGGCUGCCCAGCCUGCCCAGUCCACCACUGCGGCGGCUCCUGCGGCUGCUGCUCGCCGUGCUGCCCCUGCUGCCAAGACGGCUCCCGCUGCUGCUCCCGCCGCUGCCCAGCCUGCCGCUCCUGCCGAUGCCGCAACCCCCGCUGCUGACGCGGCCGAUGAGGCAACAGAUGGUGAUCGCACGCGUGCUCCCCGCUCAGGUGGUCGCAAGCCCUCGACCAAGGCCGAGGAGGCUCCCUUGAGCCAUGGCAUUUACAUUCCAAAUGUGCCCGAGAGCGGCACUCAGGAAUUGAAGCUCGAGAAUGUGACCCUCGUGGUCCAGGAGCGCAAGGAGCGCCGAUCAGACCCACGUGGUCGCAGUGGAGUCUUUUCGGUGCCACCGCUUCUUUGCCCCAACCAGCUCAACGAGAUCCUUGUAUCAGGCAACGGCUUUCAGUAUCCUGUUGGUGGAUGCCAAUGCAUGUUGACGGCGACGACCAUCACACUUUUGGCGGCGACGACAACAGCAGUGACAGAGAUUGAUGAUGAAAAAUGACGACUGAAAACCAAGAAAAGAAAAAAGAAAAAAUGAAAUUCCCGGGCUAUUACAUGUUCUUGCUCGUCAUGAGACUCCUGCAACCGAGGACUCGUGUUCUGCAAGACCUCUUGUUUGUUUGUUUCCUGAUAGUUUAUCCGCCGGUACAGAGCGCGACAGCCUCUUAGCGAGACUUGUCUACUGUCUUUCUGUUGCGCGGGUGUUCUGCGCGUCAGUGACGCUAGUGCUUUCUCCUUCGGCCCCCGAACCACGCGGAGAAAGCGCAUGUUUUGCACAUUUUUGUCCCUGCCUUGCCUCCCACCGUGUUCCGGCUUCUACCUCGCCUCUUGCCUUAUGCCCUUUCCCACACCCCCAUGUUCGUUUCACCCUAGUCAAGACUUGACUUUGCCCAAGGCAAAUCAAGUCGAGACAAACAUUCCCUUCUUGAAUU